CUCAUCGCCUGUAUUGAAGCUCCAUCUUGGUAAGAGUUAGACAUAUAUAUCUACAUAUAUAUAUAUAUAUAUAUAUAGAGAGAGAGAGAGAGAGAGAGAAGGGGGGAGAUUUCCGGUGGAGUUCUCGCCGGGAAGGGCGACAGAGAUUUUCCGGCAAAAUGAGGGGUGGAGGUGCGAGAAACUUGAAACACAGAAAUGGCGGCCGAGUCGACUCGGAUCGCAGGGAAACAGCGGUUACGAAUAAAAAGAAAGAGAGGUUCGAGAGAAAGCUGGUGAAGUAUGAGGCGUUACCUGAGUACUUGAAAGACAACGAGUUCAUCAGAGACUAUUAUCGUUGUGAAUGGCCUUGCAAGGACGUGUUGUUCAGCGUCUUUUCUUGGCACAAUGAAACCCUAAACAUUUGGACGCAUUUGGUGGGGUUCUUGAUAUUUGUGGGGUUGGCGGUUAUGAGUUCAAUGGAGAAGACGAAGGUGGAAUCUCUCAUCGGAAAUUUCAUCAGACCGGCAGUUCGAGGACCGUUGAUGACCAUGAUGAUGAAAACCAACGGCUCAGAUGCUUUCUUUCUGGAUUCUUGUCUUAGACACAUUCCUAAGCCAUCAAUCCAACAUGUAAACCAAGAUGAUGAUUCGGAUGCAAUUCCUAGAUGGCCUUGGUUUGUAUUCUUGGGAGGGGCUAUGGGCUGUUUGGUCUGUAGCUCCAUUUCCCACCUAUUUGCUUGCCAUUCCCGAAGCUUUAACUUAUUCUUCUGGCGCCUUGAUUACGCUGGAAUCUCCCUCAUGAUAGUCUGCUCAUUCUUUGCUCCCAUCUACUAUGCUUUCUCCUGCCACCCAUAUUCACGGCUCUUCUAUCUUACAUCUAUUUCAUUACUCGGUAUUAUAGUCAUUAUCACUCUCCUUGCUCCUGCAUUCUCCACUGCUCGUUUCCGGUCUGUCAGGGCAUCUCUAUUCCUAGCCAUGGGCUUCUCAGGGGUGAUUCCGGCUGCACAUGCUGUUGCCAUCAAUUGGGGCGAUCCACAGAUACUUGUUUCCCUCGGAUAUGAGAUUGUGAUGGGCAUGUUUUAUGCUGUUGGAGCGGGGUUCUAUGUCAGUAGGAUACCAGAGAGAUGGAAGCCUGGUGCAUUUGAUAUCGCAGGCCACAGCCAUCAGAUUUUCCAUGUCUUUGUUGUUGCUGGGGCGCUUGCCCACAGUGCUGCCACCCUAGUUGUUAUGGACUGGCGUAGGGGUUCACCAACCUGUGAUGGAGGCCAUGGUUUGCUCAGCUGGAGAUGAUAAAUGGUGAGAGCAUUUCUCAGGUCCAGAAUCUCCUGCUUCUAUCCUUGUUUGGCUUCUAAUAUGGUAUCUGAAAGCUUAUUUUCCUGGGAUUUUAGUUGAAAACAACAAUUCGUUUGUUGUAUUGGUUAUAGAUCAAGAACAUAAAGUCAUUCAUUAUAGUUAAAAAAAAUUGUGUGAAGAUGGGGAAUGUAUUAUUAAACAGUAAGAUAUAGGACUGCAUUAUACUUGAUUGCCCAUUAGACAACCUGAAGAACUAGAACUAUUACAUUUGAUUUUCAGAGGAAUAUUAUUGAUGAUUUUUGGAUUUGUAUAUAAAAGUGCAAUGUUCUGUUUGUACGAGUAUAAAUCUAGACAUCUUGAGUUCGAAUCUUGAUAAUCAUUUGGGGUCAAGCAAUGAGGAUUUAUCUUUUAUAAAUU